GUAUAGUUUGACCGGUCAAGUAAUUUACACCAUCAUUUUUGGCGCCGACCGUGGGACCGUUAAGGUUUUUUCUUUUCUAAACACAAACCUACCCACAAAAACACCACUCAAGAUGUCUUCCAGCCAGCAAAUCAACGCCACCACUGCUCAGGUGCAGGCCACCGCUGAAGGUACCAGCAUCCCCAUGGCUGUUACCCUGCCGACCGUUUCUGCUCCAGUUUUGCCGUUGGGACUAAGCUCGGUCCCAACACCUAGCAUGGUCAGCCCAUUCACGGCCCCCGUCCCUUCCGCCGGGCCAAGGGUCACCUUUCCACCAAGCAUGACCCAGUUCAUGAAUGACCCAGCCAACUUACAAGCCAUCCAGGGCUUUGGCCAGGUCAUGGCCAUGUGCCAACAGAAUGGGGGAAUGCCUUUCCUCCCUGGUAUGUUUCCGUUCGCUCUUUCAGGCGCGGGAACCAUGCCCCUACAAGCUCCAAUGGCGGUGUCUCCCUUCCAAACGCCAGUGCCGCAACCAUCACCUUUCCAGCCGCAGCUAGUCAGCGCUGUGGCCCCCAUCAACUUGACUGGUGCGCUUAACGCCGCAGGGCCAUCGCGUCCCCCGCAAGGUACGAAUUCGCUAAUCACUCCGGAUGGUCACUGCGUCUCGGUUGAAAGCGGAGACGACGAGUGGGACAUUCCAAGGACCCACAAGAAAAAGAAGGGAAAAACCAUCCGACCCGCCACCUCCCGAAACUCCGCCUUCGAAAGGCUGGGGGAUAGGGAGGAGGGCCAGAGAAAAUCAGCCAAGCUGAGGCUGGGGCAGAGCGUGGCCCAUGUCAGCGCGUUCGCCCGGUUAGGUGAGAUGAGGGAGGCUGAGCCUGCCCGCACCCUACGCUCCCGGUCAAACCGACAGGAGCCAGCCAGGACGAGGGCCUCUCGCCAGGAAGAAGAAGCAAAAAGCCAGUCUAGGGUGCCGGUGGCUAAUCGGUUAACCACCCCCAAUGAUCGCGUCCAACAGAUGGAGGCAAAGUUGGAGAGGCUGGAUAAGAAGGUUGGGGAGAAGAAUGACCGGGACAAACCCCUCAGGGGGUCCCCGUUCACUACAAGGGUCCAUCUGACACCUUUCCCGCGAAAGGUUAAGAUAGACGCCCCAAGAAAUCCAGAAAUCCACCUGGAUUCCUUCAAUCAGAGUGCAACCAUGAACGGUUGCACAGAUGAAGAAAAGUGCCUCUUUUUCUUCCAGACCUUGCGGAAUCGAGCCACCGAGUGGUUCAACAAGCUUCGCCCGGGAAGCAUUGACUCAUUUAGCGACUUGGCCUCGAAGUUCAAGGCCAAGUUCCAGGAGAACUGUACCAAGAGAAAGAAAUUCACCUAUCUUAGUACAGCCGGGCAGAGGGAAUCUGAGAACCUCACCCAAUUCCUUACCCGGUGGAAGGAGGAGGUAGACAAGGUUGAGGAGAUGGAUGACAAGACAGUGUUGUCCCUCCUCCUGAGUGGUUUGCGAGCUGGGGAACUUUACAAUGAGUUCUGCCGGAAACCCCCGGCCACGUAUCAGGAAGCGUACCAUACUGCAUGGGAGUUCGCCGAGGCUGAGACUCAACUCCCGGCGAAGAAAGAAGCCGAGCAUAGUUACAAGCCCAAGCCGGUGCAAGUCAAGAAGGAAGAAGUGCCGGUACCCAGCCGGCCAAGGCACCACUAUGACCCGGUAGUCCGAGUGGUCAAUUCAGAAAAAUGCCAGGAGAUCAGGAAAGCACCGGUCAAUCCUCCGGACAAUCCUACCGGUCAAUCUGGGCGUCAGUGGUCGGGCACCUAUUGUUCAUACCACAGGUCAGAUUCCCAUAGCACUUCCGAAUGCAAGAGUGUUAAGGGGGUAAUCCGGCAGAUGAUAGACAGCGGAGAACUGGGCAAGGAUUAUCUGCAGAAAGCCCAGGAGAAGAACCAUCAAUGGGUAAGGCCAACGACCCAGGGAAAUGACCGGGACAAUGACCGGCGGAGGAAUAACCGGCAGAGGGAGCAACAGCCUGCCCCUGACAAAGAGCAUAUUGGGAUGAUCUUUGGCGGACCUGAGGGCGGAGAUUCAGCCGCGCAGCGAAAAAACUGGGUUCGCAGCAUUUACGUGGGAGAGGUAAGUGCCGAACCGGCCAGGCGUAAGUACCCUAAGAGGGAGCCAAUAGUCUUCACUGACCGGGACCUCCCUCCUACCGGUGAAGAUCACAAUGAUCCAUUGGUCAUUACCAUGGACAUCAAUGGGGUGGACGUCGCACGGGUACUUGUUGACACCGGCACCAGUGUCAACAUCCUAUACCUGGAGACUUUCCGAAAACUCAGGUUGUGUCGGACACAACUUGAACCCCUCAAAACUCCUCUCUCAGGUUUCACGGGAGACACAGUGGAAGCUGAGGGGUCCAUAGUUCUACCGGUCGAACUAGGAUCGGGCGAAAAGACCGUGUGGAAGAAGAUGCGGUUCAUUGUUGUGGACAUCAAAUGCGUCCACAACGCCAUCCUUGGAAGGCCUGGCAUCAACAAGGUUGGGGCGGUGAUUUCCAUGCCUCACCUAUGCAUGAGGUUCCACACUCCAGGCGGGGGUCAACGUCAUCUCCCGGAGAUCGCGAAGGGCGAAACCCGGGAGAAGCUGGAACCUGAAGCGGAAACGGUGGAGAUCGAACUCCACCCGGGUGAUUCAUCAAGGAUGGUCCGAAUUGGGGCGAACCUCCCUGAAGAUCUCAAGGCAGAGAUCACGCGGGUCCUCCAAGAGUACGCGGGCAUAUUCGCCUGGAGCGUGGCGGAUAUGCCCGGGAUAGACCGCUCAAUCAUCUGCCAUCGGCUGGCAGUGAGAGAUGGAAGUCGACCGUGGGAGAUGGCAGUAGAUGGGGCGUCUGGCCCUAAGGGGUACGGGGGUGGUGUAGUGUUUACCACCCCAGAGGGUUUCAAGAUCUACCAUGCAAUCAUCUUCAACUUCAUGCUGACAAACAACGAGGCAGAAUACAAAGCUCUGGCUGGAGGGCUCAGACUUGCCCAAGCCCUGAAGAUCGACCGGGUCAGUAUCAAAUCUGAUUCGAGUUUGAUCGUUGGACAAGUGACCGGUAUCAUGGAAGCCAGAGAAGGGCGAAUGGCGCAGUACAAGGACCUGGUGCUUGCCUUGUUGAAAGGUUUCGAGGAAUUCAAGAUCGCCCAAAUCCCCCGGGCGGAAAAAGCGGAUGCAGACCUUCUCUCGAAGUUGACGCAGUACGCUCCCGAGCAUGUUUCAAAACUUGCCCGGGUGGAAAUUCUCGACCGUGCCAGCAUCGAGAAAUUGGAAGUAGCCGCCAUAACAGGAGCAGACCAACCUGACCGGUCAAACUUGGUCGGAGCGGAUGACCACUGGAUGUAUGAUCUGAUGGAAUACCUGAUGGACGGAACCUUGCCAGAACAGGAUGACCGGGCAAGAAAGGUGAAGCUCAGGGCACCCCGGUUUCAAGUCCUUGAUGGGAAGCUGUACAAAAGGGCAUUCGGGGGGCCACUCUUGAGGUGCCUAACCAAUCGGGAAGCUGAACGGGUCAUGGCAGAAGUCCAUGAAGGUGUAUGCGCGGCGCAUCAAAUGUCCCGCACUCUUUCCCAGCGCAUCAUCUUGUUGGGGUAUUACUGGCCAACGAUUGUCCAGGAUUGCGAGAGGUUGCCCAUCGAAGCUGAAUUCCCAACGUUUCGGGAAUCAAAUUAUCAACCCCAGCAGAAUGAGGAGGAUCACUUGGCCGAACUCAACUUGGUCGAAGAGCGGAGAAUGGCCGCGGAAGUUAAAAUGAGCACAUAUCAACAAGUCGUGAAGAAGUACCACGACAACAAGGUUGGACCACGAUACUUCCAAGUUGGAGAUGAAGUCCUACGAAGAAGAGAGGCUAGUAGACCGGGUGAUGGAGGAAAACUGGCCAAAAACUGGGAAGGCCCGUACCGGGUGAGAGCUAUUGUCCGCCCGGGAACCUACCGGUUAGAAAAUCUAGAGGGACACCCGGUAGAAAGAACCUGGAACUCCCACCAUCUUCGCAAAUUCUACAAAUGAUUGUAAUACUAGGCAAGGCCUACUUCAUUAUCAAUCAAACCGAUGACAUUCAAUACUCUACAUGGUAGCAGCAGAAUUGAUAGGUCGAACCUAUCCUAGGAGGGCUUCCCGGGUGGAUCGGAUCCACUCGGAUAAGCCAACUGAGACACAGG